AUGUGUCAAAAGCAAUGCCGAGACGAGAAUGGCUUUAAGUGCCACCGAAUGUCGGAAGGGCACCAGCGUGCAAUGCAACUUUUCAUCCAGCGCCCUGGGAAAUUCAUGGACGAGUUCUCUCGGGAGUUCGAGGAGGAGUUUAUGAAACUCAUGCGCACAAGGUACUGCCGCACUCGGGUGUUGGCGAAUUCGGUCUACAACAACGUGGUUUGCGACCGACACCAUAUUCACAUGAACUCCACCAUCUGGGUUACAUUGUCUGAAUUUGUGCAGUACUUGGGAGCGACGCAAAAGUGCAAAAUAGAGCAUACACCGAAGGGCUGGUACGUGGAGUACAUAGACCAUGAAGAGCUGGCAAAAAAGGAGGAGGAAGCGAAGAGGAGAAAAAUUGAAAAAUCGCAGGAAGACGCUCGCAUGGAACAGAUUCAGGCAAUGGUUGAGGAAUCCAGGCGACGGGGAGGGUUUCAGGAACCAGAAUACACGCCACUGCAAAGAGAAGAAGGACACACAGUUGCCCUCACCUUCAACAAAACGCAGCCAGAGUCGAAAGAACGGAAAGUCAACGCCUUGCAGCAGCUGCACGAACAGCUGAAGCAAGAGCGGCUGUCCAAGAGCGGCAGUCAGGCUGAAAAGCGCAAGCUUUCGGCCAUGGAAGCACUAGUGUUGGAAGCGGAACAGCGCAAGCAGAAGGCAGCAGCGUUUGAAAAGAGUCCAUUUUCUGAUUAUAAGGGCACUUCACCUGCAGAUAAGGGGGAUUGGAGAGAGCGAAAAGAAACUGAAGAGUCUCACACAAGCCCCCAGCCGCGACCUCCACAGCACAAAUAUGCAGGUGCAGACUGGUGGCUGCAGCCGGGUCUAAUUGUCAAGGUAAUGCACAAGACUUUGGGGGACGGCAAAUACUACAAGCAGAAAGGGGUGGUCAAGACUGUGGAUGGCAGGUAUUCUGCAGUCCUGGAGAUGCUGGAAGGUGGUGCCAUUUUAAAGCUUGAUCAGGAGUACCUCGAAACUGUUAUACCUCCUAUAGGAGGCCGUCUUGCUGUUGUUCUUGGCGAAUGGCGCGGCCAUGAAGGAAGGCUAGAGGGGCUGGAUAUGGACUCAUAUUCGGUCCAGGUGACUUUGGACACAGGGCCGCUGUUCAAGCAAGAAAGGCACAGAGGCUGCCGAGGGGUUCUGGUGAAGGGUCUACCUUACGAGCACGUCUGCAAGCUGAAUAAGCAGAAAUGA